AAUAAUUGCAAAGUGAAGUGAAAAUUGUGAAAAGAAAUAUAAAAGAAAAUUUUCUGGAGGAUGGCCUCGCUAGAACCAACGCAAAAUAAAACAUGGGAUCUGUCGCUGUACGAGCUGCAGCGUAAGCCGCAGGAAAUAAUAACCGAUAGCACAGAAAUUGCCGUCUCGCCGCGCAGUUUGCACAGCGAGCUAAUGUGCCCCAUUUGCCUGGACAUGCUGAAGAAAACAAUGACGACCAAAGAGUGCUUGCAUCGCUUCUGCUCGGACUGCAUUGUGACCGCACUGCGUUCGGGUAACAAGGAGUGCCCCACUUGCCGCAAGAAGCUUGUUUCGAAACGCUCGCUGCGCGCUGAUCCCAAUUUUGAUUUGCUCAUCUCGAAAAUCUAUCCCAGCCGCGAGGAAUACGAGGCCUCCCAAGAGAAAAUAAUGGCCAAAUUCAAUCCAACACAAUCACAAAAGGCGCUUGUCAACUCCAUCAACGAGGGCAUCAAACUGCAGUCACAAAAUCGGCCGCAACGUUUUCGCACCAACAAGGGUGGUGGCGGUGGCCCUGCUGGUGGUGGUGGCGGUGGCGGUGGGAGUAAUAAUAGCGGCGGUGUUGGCGCUGCCAAUGCCACUCGUGCCGGAUCCAAUGCAGUGCAUGCCCAUGAUACCGCUUCCAAUGACAGCAACAGCAACACAAAUGGCAAUGAUCGCGAGCAACGUGAUGCCCCUCAAGCAACAGCUGUUGGAGCGGCACCUGGGCCGGCAGCCGCAGUUACAGCGACGCCAAUGACACCAAGCACUCCCACGGCUGCAACAUCGGCGGGUACUUCGGGCGCCAGCACUUCAUCAAGUCGCAUGCAAGUGGAUGAUGUAUCGAAUCCGCCAUCAGUGCGCAGCACCCCAUCCCCGGUUCCAUCGAAUUCGAGCAGUACAAAGCCCAAACGCGCCAUGUCUGUGAUGACCUCGGAACGCUCCGAAGAAUCCGAAUCGGACUCACAAAUGGAUUGCCGCACCGAAGGCGAUUCAAAUAUCGAUACCGAGGGCGAGGGCAAUGGCGAGCUGGGUAUUAAUGAUGAGAUCGAGCUGGUAUUCAAGCCGCAUCCCACAGAGAUGUCCGCAGAUAAUCAGCUAAUCAGAGCGCUCAAGGACAACUGCAUACGGUACAUAAAGACAACAGCGAAUGCCACCGUGGACCAUCUCAGCAAGUAUCUAGCGAUACGUCUAACGCUGGAUUUAGGCGCCGAUCUGCCAGAAGCCUGCCGGUUGCUCAACUUUUGCAUCUACGUCGCACCGCAGCCACAGCAGUUGGUCAUAUUGAAUGGCAACCAGACGCUGCAUCAGGUCAAUGAUAAGUUCUGGAAGGUGAACAAGCCCAUGGAAAUGUAUUAUUCGUGGAAGAAAACCUAAAGGGUUCCGUCUCCUA